AAGGGUGUGUAGUGAUCUCGUGACCAAACCGGAAGUUCUUCUUCCAAUGCAAGCGGACGAUUUAAACUAGCAACAGCACAAAAGCAGCUCUUUUAAAAUCUCCAACGCAGGUUUUAUCCACACAGCAAUGGACGGAUCAGUCCGAGCAUCGUUAGACGCCUCAGUUGGACCACCGCCGUAUAACGGAGGAAAUGAAGGCUCCCUGGUUUCAGCCCUUAAGACACUGCUGUUCUUCACUAUCCUGAUGGUCACACUGCCAAUUGGCCUUUAUUUCACAACAAAGGCAUACGUGUUCGAAGGUUCAAUGAAGAUGUCAAGUUCGGACAGUUAUUUCUAUGCCGCCAUCGUGGCCGUGCUGGCCGUGCAUGUGGUUUUAGCUUUGUUUGUGUAUGUGGCGUGGAACGAAGGCGCGCCUAAAGGCAAGGGCAAACAUGAUUAAGGCAUGCCCUUAUCUGCUUGUGAGGCCUGCAGAGAUGAUGGUAAGAUGUGGGCACGGAUCCACAUCCCCACCACCCCCACACCCCACCCUGCCGUAGGCAUCAACACUCAACGCAGCUCCAUCUACAAACCAGACAGCUGGGGGUUCUGGUUUGUGCUCAGGCUUUAACCUCGGGUCAGAGCAGGAAGUGGCUGUAUUUUCUUUGGCGUGGGGGAGUAAUGGCUGGUGGGAGCUUUUUCCUGCCAGCGCCGACAGGCACACAUUUCUGUUCUUCUUACUGUCAUUUUCUAAAUUUGUAGCUUUUUCUUUCUUUCUGGUACUAAACCGCAGAUUGUCCUUCAGAUUAAAAGUUUGUCAAGCGGACUCAACUUUUGAAUGAUUUCAUCAAAUUCAUCCUGGUCUCCAAUGUUCCCAGUCCCUUAUUUUUUUUUUUUUUUUUUUUCUGUUUAAUGGUAUUUUGGAUAAAAACUAUCACGCUGUCAUUUCAUCUCUGAUGUGUUCCGUCAUGUUGUGAUGCUGAUUUAAUCUUUUGUUUUAACUGAAUGUUUUGUGGAGAUGAUGUUUAGUGAUGAUGUAAAGCAAAUGUCAAAUAAAUGAAAAGGAUCUUCAGUUUUUUUUAAACGUAAUUUGUCGUGGAAGCACAUGUUUAAAAGGUAGUAAAAAUAAAUCUGUUAAACUAUGAA